AUGGCUACACAGUCGCCCGAGCUCGCUCAUAGUACAUUGCCCGUCGAGAAUCAUCAGAUGAACACAGAGCUCCUUGACGACGGCGACUCGUCUUUCGACGAGAUCUCAGCCUUUAGCGACACAGGAUCCCUUCAAUCCAGCAUAUUCAAAUACCGUAUUCAAAACGGUCGCACAUAUCAUGCUUACAAAGAGGGUUCCUACAUCCUGCCCAAUGACGAGUGGGAAAAUGAUCGUCUAGGUAUAAAACUAGUCCCAACCCAGGCAGAUACCGCGUCGUCUAACCCAGGCUGUCCAGACCAACAACACCAUUUGGCUUUACUGACGCUUAACGACCGUCUAUUCGAUGCUCCUGUAAAAGUGGACAGGCCGUUCAAACGUGUCCUUGAUGCCGGGUGUGGAACAGGAAUUUGGUCUAUGGAUUUUGCCGACGAACAUCCAGAAGCUGAGGUAAUGGGUGUUGACUUGAGUCCGAUCCAACCAACAUUUGUGCCACCGAAUGUUUCUUUCUUCAUCGACGAUAUUGAAGCCGACUGGACAUACACCAAGGCAUUCGAUUUUAUCUACUUGCGUGCAAUGACCGGUUCCGUUCGUAACUGGCCAAGACUCUUCAACCAGGCCUUCAAGAACCUCUCACCCGGCGGUUACAUCGAACUGAUGGACCCGAUUUAUCCCGUUGUAAGCGAUGACGGGACCGUCUCCAAAGACUCUGCAGUAUACAGAUGGAGCAAUCUGAUGAAUGAGGCCGCUACGAAAAUGGGAAGUGCUCUCGAUUCCGGAUUGACUUACAAAGACCAACUUAUCAAAGCUGGGUUUGUGAACGUGGUGGAAACACCUUACAAAUGGCCAAUGAACAAUUGGCCGCAAGACAAGAAGCUGAAGGAGCUCGGGGCAUGGGGAAACGUGAAUCUGGUUGGAGGAGUUCAAGGUCUGAGCCUCGCGUUGUUUACGAAAGUGCUGGGGUGGAAUGUGCAUGAUUUGGAACUCUUCCUUGUCGACGUUCGGAAAGAUCUACAUAACAAAGAGAUGCAUGGAUACUGGCGCGUGAACGUGGUCUAUGGACAGAAGCCUGAAUGA